AUGAGGCGGAUAUUUUUUCUCCUUUGCUUGAUCCUACUUAGCACCGGCAGUGCACGAGGGAUAUCCCACGGGCACACGGAUCAUUCUCACCUUCAUCAUCCUCGAGCUGUCAAUGCAACGUUUGGGGACUCAGAGGCUGCACGCAAGGUCUCUCGUGCCCUUGAAGCCUUGCGAGUCGUGAACAAGCUACGCUAUGAGAACAUUCAAUACAAUCGAUAUGAGCUCGCCGAUCCCAGCCUGGUGACUGGCGAGAGAGUUACCGCUGCCCCCCUGGACUUUUCGCCCGAGAAUGUGCGAAAACUGUCCUCCAUGGCGGCCUCUUUCAAGGCCGAAUCUGUCGACUAUUCGGGUAGGAAGAGAGAUAGCUCCUCAUCUCCUGACAGCCAGAGCUUCGUGUACUCCAUCUCUCCGGACCUGGCUGAAGCUGCCCGCAUACUUGCGGAAUCCGCUCCUCCUUCUCCGUCAAAGGGGAAAGAAAGCGCCCUCGCAGCCAAAGUACAAGCCAAGUAUGGCCUUAAAGGGAAUGACACAAAUGUGGCCAGUCAAAGCCUACGCGGCCCAGACGGAUUGCUGGAGUAUGCGCCUUCCGUCGAUAUGGAAGCCCCGAUUCGGGUGACGGACAAAUCCCUGGAGAAAAGGGCCGCAUCGGGAUCUGGUUACUGGAUGGCCAACAUAGAGCAGCGCGGCGCUAGCCCAUAUGCCCCGGAAGGAUACAAGGUGUGGAGGAAUAUCAAGGACUAUGGCGCAAAGGGAGAUGGACUAUCUGACGAUACCGCCGCUAUCAACAAAGCAAUUUCUGACGGCGGGAGAUGUGGUGCCGACUGUGGCUCAAGCACAAUCUACCCAGCAGUGGUCUACUUCCCUCCCGGCACAUACCUAGUCAGCAGUCCAAUUAUACAAUACUACAAUACCCAAUUCCUCGGCGAUCCCACCAAUUAUCCCACGAUUCUCGCAGCCGCCAGUUUUGUUGGUCUAGGUGUGAUCACCUCCGAUGUCUAUGUUGGAGAUCAGCAGGAAUGGUACCUCAACACAAACAAUUUUCUACGGAACAUUCGCAACUUCAAGAUGGACAUCACACGUACCGAUCCGACUGCAUACGUGUGUGCCAUCCAUUGGCAGGUGGCUCAGGGGACCUCACUCGAGAAUAUAGAGUUCUAUAUGUCUCAAGAUGCGGGCACAACCCAGCAGGGGCUCUACAUGGAAAAUGGAAGUGGGGGCUUCAUGAGCAAUCUAACUUUUGUUGGCGGAAACUUUGGUGCUUAUCUCGGGAACCAGCAAUUUACCACGCAGCAUCUUGUGUUUGUCAAUUGCAAAACUGCCCUUCAGAUCCACUGGGACUGGUCGUGGACCAUGCAGGAUGUUGUGAUUGAAUCAUGCCAAACAGGAAUCGUCGUCACUGGUGGUGUGAGUGCAUCCUGUCGACCUCAUAGUUUCGAUAUGCUAAGAAACAAACUUUCCUUCCAGGCCGGUGGUCCGAUGAGCAGUGGCCAAGGCGUUGGUUCAUUUAUCCUUGUUGACGCCGUGAUUGCCAAUACCCCAACUGGCAUCUUGACCUCGCUGUACAGUACCAAUUCCACCGCAUUCCUCUUGCAGAAUGUUGGGUUCUACAACGUUGAGAAAGCCAUCAUGGCGGAACGACGCGCCGAUCCCAUCCUCGCGGGGGGGAACGAGGUGCUCAUUGACGCAUGGGGCUUUGGCCUCUACGCUCAGGACGCAGACGUUCAAUUUGCCCAGCAAAAAGUGCUUCCGACCAUGCAGCGUGCCAAAGAACUCGUUAGCUCUAUUUCUUACAACAAAGGAACAUUUAACUUUUUCACCCGCCGUCGACCACAAUACGCCGAUAUUGGUCACAGCCAGGUGUUCGACGUCACGGCCUAUGGGGCUAAGGGCGACGGCGUGACUGACGACACUAUCAUUCUCAAUAGUGUGUUCAUUGUUGCCGCGAACCUGUCGUCGAUCGUCUAUAUUCCUCAUGGUGUCUACAAGGUAACAGAUACCCUGAAGAUUCCCAAAGGGUCCCGCAUCGUUGGACAGGCUUGGUCUCAGAUCAUGGCAACAGGCCCCAAAUUCCAAGAUGCUGACCAUCCACAUGUGGCGGUCCAAGUGGGCCAUGAAGGCGAAAUCGGGAUUGUCGAGAUCCAAGAUCUGCUGUUUACUGUUUCAGGUCCCACCGCUGGAGCUGUCUUGGUGGAAUGGAAUAUCCAUGAAUCGAGCCAAGGGUCGGCAGGAUUAUGGGAUUCCCAUUUCCGGGUUGGAGGCGCAAAGGGCUCCCAUCUUCAAGCUUCUGAGUGCCCAAAGAAGCAAUUCCCUCUCAUCAAACAAAACUGUAUAGCUGCUUCGUUACUGCUUCGUAUCACUUCUUCCGCUUCUGCUUACCUCGAGAACGUGUGGGCAUGGACAGCAGAUCAUGAUCUCGAUGUGAAAUCUCAGGAUCAAAUCGAUGUCUUUUCUGCUCGUGGGAUCUUGGUUGAGAGCCACGGACCAACGUGGAUGUACGGCACUGCAUCCGAACAUAAUGUUCUUUACCAGUAUCAGCUUUCGGGCGCGCAGAAAAUUGUGAUGGGAAUGAUCCAGACGGAAACGCCAUAUUUCCAACCGCUUCCUGCAGCACCCGAGCCUUUUAAGCCCGGUCAGUUUCCCAAUGACCCUGACUUCACUAACUGUGGCAACAAUAUAGCUGGCUGUGCCAUGGCCUGGGCUGUGAGGAUCAUCGAUUCUUCUACUGUCUAUAUGCUAGGCUCCGGGCUUUACAGCUGGUUUACGUUCUACACACAGGAUUGUCUCGAGACUGGCAAUUGCCAGGAGCGGGGCUUCUACGUUGAGCAGAGCACUAAUACCUGGGUGUACAACCUUGUCACCAAAGGAAUCACGGAAUCCAUCAGCCCGACAGGGGAAAACCCACUCUAUGCCCGAGAUGUCCGGAAUGGCUAUACCUCGUCUCUCCUCGCCUGGCUCCACACCGGAACAGGGGCCAUUGGGAAGCGCAAAUUCCCGGGCUUCUACCUGUGGGACGAUGAGCAGGACCAGGAUGUCUUGAGCGGCGUUUCAUCUACCUGCAAAGCAUCUCUAACACGUCUGGUCGAAUGUCAUGAUCAAGUAUACAUGCUCAGGGCCUUACAAUGGAGGGGGUCCAUGCACAACGAUACAUUGACUGAUUUAAUGUGUGACAAAACCUGCGGACAGUCUCUCCAAGUGUGGUUGGAGAGUGUCUUAAUCGACUGCGCCCGGGAGCAUGACCAUGUUGUUUUGGCCGAGCCCGGCGGCAUCGUUUGGGCUGGAUGGAACGAGACAUGCGUCAAAGACCCCAACACGGGGAAAUACUGUGGCGGUAAAUCCAUCCCAAGUAGCUGCGUGUACAAUGGCGGACUGACAACUAAUCUAUACACGUUCGCUACAGAUGCCAUUGAUGAAUUCACUGUUGUCCAGUCCAUCUCCGAUAUGCCACCAGGUGAACUGUGCUCAUACUGCUAUGUCACCCGCUACAAGAUGAUGCAAGCGACUCCGUACUCUAUUUAUGACGAGACUUACCAGUCUGACCUAGAGUUCAUUCAUUCGAAAUGCGGGCUCAGCGGGCCCACAAAUAUCCUCCCACCGCUGCAGGAGUUCCCAGACCCAUAUAAGAACAACCUCACAUUCUGCAUCUCUGAAACGACGUAUACGGCGGACCCUGGGGAUACCUGUGAUUCAAUCUCACGGAAGUACAGUGUGUCAUCGGCCUCGCUGUAUAUGGGCAACCCCAAUCUCCACGACUGCCGAAACAUCCCCGCUGGCACGGAACUUUGCAUCCCGCUCUCUUGCAAUCCCACCUAUACUCUCAAAGACAACGACACGUGUAUUUCUGUCGAAGCCUCCCUCGGCUUACCAUACUCGGCCGGUGCUACCCUUCGCAAAUUCAAUCCAUGGCUACUGAACGACUGUUCCAAUCUUCAUGUGGCCAGUAAUCAGGUUUAUGGGCACGUGCUCUGCGGUGCUCCACAAGGGGGCACUGCAACUGGUGCUGCUCCUCCGCCGGGCGUGACCUCUCUACCACAGACGGGCGGCUACACUGAAACUGCACCUCCUACCAACGCCACGGUGGCCAAGGGCACAACUUUCAGAUGCGGCAAAUGGUACGUAGUCACAGCUGCAGAGGCUAUCAGUUGUACGAUGCUUUGUAUGCAAGGACCGGUCGACCGGGAGACCUUCCUGAGGGCCAACCCUUCCUUGGCUGCAGGCAACUGUGAUGCUCUCUUAGUGGCGGGGGAUGCGUAUUGCGUUGGACCAGUGUCGGGAUUUGAUGCUACCGACAGGAAUAGCACCGCCAGCAGCACAAGUAUGGAAAUGACAUAG